AUGGACAUCGCAGCCAAGAUGGAAAUUAACGUCGGCCAGCCGCAGUUCAUGCCCUCGGCGUGUUUCUUCGCAGCGGCCGCGCAGAGCAUCCAGCUGAGUCCCAGCAGCAGCCAGGGCGACGUCAAGUCAGCAUCCAAGCAGGCGAAGAGGCAGCGCUCCACCUCGCCGGAGCUGCUGAGGUGCAAACGGAGGCUGAAUUUCGCCGGGUUUGGAUACAGCCUCCCGCAGCAGCAGCCGCACGCCGUGGCGAGGCGCAACGAGAGGGAGCGCAACCGAGUGAAGCUGGUCAACAACGGCUUCGCCACCCUCCGGGAGCACGUCCCCAACGGGGCGUCCAACAAGAAGAUGAGCAAAGUGGAGACCCUGCGCUCGGCCGUGGAGUACAUACGCGCACUGCAGCAGCUUUUGGACGAGCACGACGCGGUGAGCGCAGCGUUUCAGUCCGGGGUCCUGUCCCCCACCAUCCCGCAGAGCUACUCCAAUGACAUGAACUCCAUGGCCGGCUCCCCCGUGUCGUCCUACUCCUCCGACGAGGGCUCCUACGACCCCCUCAGCCCCGAGGAGCAGGAACUCCUGGACUUCACCAACUGGUUCUGAGAAUCUGUCCACAUGGGAUCUCUCUCUAUAUAUGAAUAUAUAUAUAUAGAUCAUCUCAACUUCUGCCAAUCUCAUACGCUUGGGAUGGUC